CCAUGAGCUGGGCGGAUGGAUAGCCCCUUUCCUCCCCACCACCCCUCUUCUCCUCCCACUGAGAGGUCACCUUCAGCCCGGGGCGGUGUGCCCCUGGACCAGAGGCUGAAGAAGGGGCGGAGCGUCACGCUCAGCCCUGUAAUGCCUGGCAGCCCCUCCGGCUGCUUGACACAGCCUGGUUCCAGCCCAGAGGCAGCAGAGGGGGAGUCGAGGCUGCCCACGGCUGUCUGCCCUGCACUGCUGGAGAAGAGCUCAGCAAUGGCUGAGAACUCAGCUGUGGCAGUGGCACCAACAGCAGCACCAACCAUGCUGGAGGAGCUCCUGGAGAUCACGGCUCAGAGCCUGGUGCGCACUGAGGUGGCUGAGCACUAUGAGGUUAUUCGGGAGCUGGGCAGGGGCAAGUACGGCCAUGUGAUGCUAGUGACCCACAGGCAGAGAGGAACUCCUAUGGCUCUCAAGCUGCUGCCCAAAGCCAGUACCAAGCUGCACACCUUCCUGUAUGAGUACUGUGUGGCACUCUCCCUUGCUACCCACCCUGCUAUCAUUGGCAUGUUUGGAAUUGCAAUCGAAUCCAGUCAAUAUUAUGGUUUCCUCUAUGAACCAGCAAUGCAUAAAGACCUCAUAUCAAUCAUCAAACCCAGGGAUGGGAUCCCUGAACCAGCUGCCAAGCAUUGUGCCAAGCAGCUCGUGAGUGCUCUGGAGUUCAUCCACAGCCGGGGGCUUGUGUAUCGUGAUGUCAAGCCUGAGAAUGUGCUGCUUUUUGACCCUGAGUGUCGGCGCAUCAAACUGACUGAUUUUGGGCUAACACGGCCCAAGGGUACCAAGCUCAAACUGGUGGCUGGAGUAAUCCCCUACACUGCCCCUGAACUAAGCAACACGACUGAUGCCCAGGGGGUGCCCAUAGAUGCCAGCAUGGAUGCAUGGGCCUUUGGUGUGCUGCUUUUCUGCUUGCUGACUGGCUAUUUCCCUUGGGAGCAAAGCCUGCCCAAAGACCCUUUCUUUGAGGAUUUCAUGCUGUGGCAGGAAACGGGCCUGGAAGAAAACCUGCCUCGCCACUGGAAGCGCCUGACAGCUGAGGCCGCUCUCAUGUUGCGGAGCCUGCUGGCGCUGGAUCCUGCCAAGCGUUGUCCUGUUGGUGGGGCUCUGCGCUAUGUCGAUUGCCCUUGGCGUCAAGAUGAGGGGCACAGUGAGGAAGCUGCUGUGAAGCCCUAGAGCCUGCUCCCCACAGGGGAGGGAAGUUACCCUGCAAUGAGCUGUGGGGCUGAGGGCAUCAUAGUGGGCCUCCAGCAGUGUGGCUGUGAGAUGCCAUGGUAACCCAGAGAUCAACUUCUCCACAGCACUAUCCCUUCCAUCAUAGAACCAAGCUUCUUCCCCAAGAUGUCCUCACUCUAGGCUCAGCAUUGACCAUUGCCACCUCCUUCCUUGAGACUUGAAAAUAUUUCCUUUCUCACACAGAUAAGAGAUGUUCACACAUGAUGCUUCAUGUUUGAAGCAUCUACUUGUAUCCUGGCCACUGGACACUCUGAGGUGGUUUCUGGGGAUGCAGCGCCUGCCUAACCUUUGAAAUAGAGCAGAUAUCUAGUUCUUUGUUUCCAUGUGUGGCUCUUCUUCUCUUGUAAUAAAAUGUCUGCAGGGGAUCUGUUUGCUGUGGGAGAGCAUAGGUAUGACAAUGCCAGUGGCCAUCUAAGGACAAACUGCCAGAGGCAGGGGCCGUCUGACUCCACCAGGGCCCUUGAGGGGUGGAUUCAGGUAUGUGAGGUGGAGGUGGUGGGAGCCCUCACCAUAUCACUGUGGAUGUUAUCUGAGGACUGAUGAUGAUGCUGAGAAGAUGGUGGGAGCCAGUGUGGCGGGGUGUUGGAAGAAGGACUGUUAGUAGCAAGUAGACAUAGAAGAAUGUUCACAAGGUGCUGCAAGGAAAUGAGCAGAGAAGGGAUAGGAGCUAGAUGUGAGUGAGAAAUGUAGCACUACAGAUCUGUGCCUUGCCUCUAUCAUGUAUUCUUGCAUUAACUGUUCAGAGAUUUUCCCAUCAACAGAAUUAGACAUACAUUUUAUAUCUAAUAUGUUUCUUUGCUGCCUACUCCUCUCAAUGUCUCUGAAGACAUUUGUCCUGUUAAUUCUACAGUGAUUGCAACUGCUUGGAAUUCUCUUUUCUACUUUAUUUUCUUCUUGUAAAGUUUCUUAAUACCAAACGCAUAGGUUGCUCUGUAGGAUUUUCCCUCUGAAAGACCUCCCUUGUGAACAGGAAGGAGAUACAAGGAACCACAGGUGAUGUUUUUAUAUAUUUCUUCCCAUUUCCUUCCAUUGAGGAGCAGAUGACAGUGGGUUAUUAACAGCUGAAAUUACAGUUUAUCUGGUUCAUGAGUAUCCUCCUCUAGUUCCUUUUAUUCAGGAAAACAUCCUUUUGCAAACACUGUCAUACUUGAUGAAGCACAAUUCACCCCUUUCCCUCCAUGAGUGGCCAAAGUGCAAUUUGAAAGGGAAGCUCACUGCCAUGAACAUCUUGAUUUAUGAUUCAGCUGAGAAAACAGUAGUGGUAUGAGGAUGGUUUGUCUGGGUUUUGCUGGGAAAGGAUAACAGAGGAACUAUAGUCACAGGCAGGGCACAUUAAUUUAUCCAUUAAAACAAUUAUGAAGAUACCUCCCAACAGUUGUACAUUGUUGCCUUGCUCUCAAUCCUAACCCUCCUUCACUUGGACCACUCCCUCCUCACAAAGCCAGACCCCUUCUGUACCAGCAUCUACUACCACUUCAUCCUUCCUCCUGACCUGAGUCUUUCAAACUCAAGGAAGAACUUCCAGUGGCAGCCCAAGAAUACCUCCCUUGUUCAGCUUGCAGGUCCUAAGACAACAUCGUCUAUGAUCUUUUGAUUCCUGCCUUUCCCUCUAGAAGACCUUCCUUCUCCCAUUUCUUACAAUCUCUCCAACCACACCCCAUCCCCAUCAAAACCCCUCUCCUAAUCCUAAUCUCUGUAGGUAUACAUUUUAAUCUUGAAAAAAGUUAACAAGGAGAGAAUUAGGAGUUAGAAGCUCUUAUUAGUUUCCUACCAUUUUCCUCAGACAACUGCUGUUGGUAAUCCUUUCCAACUCAAAUUACAAUGCUGUUGUUGGAAAUGUCUUCAGCUCAAUUUUCAUUUUCAGUGAUUAUAUAACUUUUAAAGAUGUGUUACCUGGCAUCUCACCCUUUCUAAGAGCAAGGGAUCUAUAGGCCAGGUAGCUAAUGCCUAUCCAGUGAAAAAACAAUGCAGAAUCUAAUAGAGGUGCUUAUUGAAAGAGAACUAAAGAUCAGAAACAUCAUUUUGUGGACCGCAACCCUCGGUGUUCUACCUGAAAAUCGUGUUUGAUAAAGUUGUGAUUGAUAAAGUAAAUCCAUAGCCUUAUGGUGCAAAAUUUUGUAAGGCGUGACUUAUUGAUAUAAAUAAAAUUAUAGUACAUUGUAUUAGUUAAAACAAGACACUAUGCAAAGUUAUUAAAGUAUAUUAAGAGAAUUGAGAACUUGCAAUUUAGAGAAGAAAUAAUUGGGAAUGGUCUUUGAUUAUUUUGGUUGGUUUCUGCAGGGAUCAGUAAUAGAAUGAAAACUAUCAAUACUUGAACCAGUGAUUUGAAGUUAUAUACAAAACCACUUCAAAUAAAAACCUACAGAUAACACGAAACUGAAUAGACUGAUAAACAGGCCACUCAAAGAGUUCUGUAUAACUUUGUGAGAUGAGUGUAUUCAAACAAAAUGCAUUAUCUUGCAGAUAGAAGAAAUGUGUUCAGGUAGGAGCAUAUAGGAAUAAAAAUCAUACUUGUACAAGGAUUCCUGAAAAGCACACAAAAAUCUUUGUAAUACCUAGAGGAAACAUAAGAUUGUGUGAGUUCUCAUUGUGGUAUUCUGCCAAAAAUACUGAUGGAUCCCUUGCAGGGCUGGACGGGGUGCAGACACACAAGGUGGUCAAAUCUCCAGCAAAGAUAGCUAGCAAGAUUCCUGCUGGCCUAAAUAGGAGUGCAGGAAGUAGGAGCAAACGAUCAGGGUUUGAUACCGUGGAGAGAAAUUCUGGAGAUGGUACCAUUUACAUGCAAAGUAGAAACAGGAGACAAUUUAGCAAAGAACCAUAGUGCGACCAUUGCUUGAAGCUGUAAGAAGGCAUUGUUACAGUCCUGAAAUUUUGGCAGAAGGUGUUUCUGCUGCCAGAAAGUUGUGCAGUAUACAACUUAGUGAUGGAAUCAGCACUGUGACUGCACCAAGCUCCUGAUGUUGGUGCAGAGUUACAAUGAAGACAGAGCAGCAGCCAGCACUGUGGCCAAAGACCUGCCUGAAUCCAAGUGCCCAGCCUGGGCUCUUUUAUCAGGGCUUACCCAUAAUUGCAGCUGGAUUUCUUGAAUCAAUGAAUAAGCGGACCUGUUGAAGCCUAUCCACAGGGGGUCUGAAAGAAGAUCUACUUGUCCCCAUCAACCCCACAGCAGCUGCUGGGAGAGGCCAAAUGGAAUGGAGCUGCGUGCAAACAUGCUGGCCCUUUGCAUGCUCUGCUGCUUUCUGCAAGAAGGCUGGCUGAAUGCCUGAUGCAGUAAAAGGGCAAGACUUCAGUUAAUGUAGGCACAAGGUAUGGGGCGGAUCUGGUGUCGUCCCCAAAGAGGCAUCAGGUGACUGCAAGUGGGAGGGAAAGACCUGGUACUUCGCUUCUCUCUGAGAUGGAAUGAAGAGGUAAAUUGGUUAAUUACAGAGCUCAAUGCACUGUGUGAAUUUUGGAUGCAGCAACAAGAACAAGAAUAAGAACAAGAAGUGUGAACACAGCUCCUGAUGCCCUAGUGCAUGCAUCCCAUAGCUCUGGAGAACAUGUGGUCUGUACAGUUGGAUGUUGUGGUCAGUGCCAUCUCUCCCUUCUAUAGAUAGAUUGAGGAAAGUCACACUGUUAGACUGGCUCACCCUGUGACAAUAGACAGAAAACAGGUCCAGCUUUCAGGAUCUCUCUAAUUAAGCUUCUGUGCUCAUUUCUAGAAGCUUGCAGCAUAUAAUCUUCCUUCUACCAUCUGCCAUGUCAAGUCUGACCCUCUGUUACUUCCAUCUCUUCCCACUUGAAUCAUUGUGAGAACUGUGCCUUAGGUUUAUUAGGAAAGCUAGAGAAAGACUAAUCCUCUGUAUUCCUCAGACUUCUCUUGUAGCACUGUCUUCUGAACAAGGCUCCUGCUUGACGCUCCUGUGAUAUCAGGUGUUAAGAGUAUCAAAGAACUGAGCAACAGAGCCCAAAAGUGGGUGCAGGAAGCAUAGCAAGCCAGGGAAUAUAACAGGGCAGAUCCGAGACUACAUACUACCCACUGCUGCUUCCUCCUUCACUGCUUUUUCUUGACUUUUGACAUUCACCUCAAAGGCAAAAUGGGCCAGAGCUUUGAUAAGCACAAUUAAUCAAACAAACAAAACAAAAAAUAAGACUCUGUUCUGAACAAGCAUCCUUCUGAGCACAGGACUGGAAAGAGACAAUAUCUGGAGGAUAGAGAAGGUGAGGAUUUGUUACCUUUCAUCCUUACUGAUGCGGGCAGUCUGGCCACAACUGCAGCCCAGUUGCUUUCUUCUAGACUUUCUAGAGCUCUUCCCUGACUGGAAAAUAUGAGAUGGCUCAUGGAGAGUCAGCCAUAAAUCUUUAAUUAAAUUUUUUAUUACUGAAUCUUAUAUCAUUGAGUGGAGAUAUGAGAACAAGAGAAAAAUGGCUUAGGCAGAGAGAUCAAAGGAACAGCUUCCAUAUUUCCCUCAUCCCAUACCUUGGGUUGCACUGUACCUCAUUGCCCAGAGUAUAACAUUAAGUCUCCUUGUGCUUUGAUGGGCUGUCAGUGUUAGUGUUGACCACAAAAUGAGAACUGACUACUACUAAAUCCCAUAACUGUUCUCUGAGUCCUAGAUUUCCCUGCUCACAGACCAGCCAAGCUCUGCCAACCAAUAGUCUGGGCCUGUCCAUUUACAGGCCUGCCCAUAUACAGGCCUGUCCGUUGCUAUGGCCGUGUUUCUGUUUUUCCCUGGGGCUGACAGGCAGUUGGUCAUGUGUGUAAGCCCUAUCCCUUGGCUCAGCUUUGUGCAAGAGAGGGAGGAAGGGGGAUUUGGCUGAGCCUAGGGUGGUGACAGAAGGUGGUCACAGUUGUCACGCAGACUAAUUGCACUUCUAACUCCUCUUUGCUGUUUACAAGCUGCCCCCCACCAAGGAGUUGUGUCUCUGGCUGACCCCAAUGCUCCAGGAUGGAAUAGCACAAUAUUCCUGCUCUCACUUGGGGCCCUGGCAGUACCUUUUGAGUAUUAACUCUGACCAAGGUCAACCUCUGCCAGAGCUUUCCUGAUAGAAUUUACUGUAAGGGAUUAAUACAGUCUGUUUUUCAGUUUAUCCCUGAUGUGCAACUACUGGUUACUUGUCACUGGUUACAGGCUGCAAACAGUCGCUUGAACAGACAUCUCUCAGCCCCCUGCCCUUGUCCCCAGCCAUGCUCCUUGCCUGCCUCAGAUGAUUGUCUUCCACUGAUGGAGUGGGAGACGGAGGCACAGCAAGGACAGCCAUGUGCUGUCAUUGUUUGGCUCUGCUGAAUCUGCUCUUUCCAAAGCCAAGUAGGAAACAGUGACAGCUUUCACAUCCCCUUGUCCUUCUGUUGACAGUUGUUGCUAUUGACACCCUCUCUUGAGAAAUUGUUUCAUCUUAUUAAGAACAGUAAAUUUUGAAGAGAUUGCUGAACACAGGGCUAAUAUAAUCAGCAUUCCCAGGAGCACGUUGGGGAGGCUUAACUCCUGGCAAUUCCUUCUGCAGAGCCUCUUUGCUUGCACUCCUUUCAGAAUCUACUGAAAAAUCCAUGGCUGCUCAACCUUAUUGGUAGGAAUAUAUUUAAUGGCCUGCACUGUUAUGAUGUGCUGCUACAGGUCAAUGCUCUGAGGUUCACGGCAGUGGACAAGAGACGCGGGAACAGGGCUGAAGAGACAGGUGGAGCAGAGACCAAGAAAGGGAAAGAGAAGAAACAACAGCACACAAGGAAGAUCUCUGAGAGCUCCUCAGGUCAUGAAGGAGAGAAGAAGUCGUUAGUAAGUGUCUUUCUUCAGUGUAAGGAAUAUUAGUCCAUAGCAGCAUGAGCAUUGCAAUGCCAUCCAGGCCCCACAUGCAUGGAGAUAUUCUCACCACCCAGAUAGUCCCUUGGGCAUAGCACAGCUUCCAUGUUUCCAUGAUCUGUGUGGAUCAUUGCAUAGCAAUGCAGCGCUGCUAUGAGCCUUGGGCUAGGACAGUCUUGUGUCGUCUGUGGUUGGAUCUAUUGCAUAAAUCAGCUGUACGGUGCAAAACUGCUGCAUUCAGUCCAUAUUGACUAGUCCAAAGGCAUGGAAGUUCACCAUCUGCUCAUGUUGCUCAGUCUCUGGACUCCGGAAACUUAUGUCCUCAGGCUUGCCUUCCUUCGUACUCACACUGCUCAUAGCAUAUCAGAGAAGACUGCAGCACCUUUAUGCCACUAGGACUGCUCAUCACUCAGCUGGAAACAUAUGAGCACACUUGCCUGAGGAGCAGCUGCUGUUUGGGUAGGAUGGGCACCUUCUAUUCCCGGUGCUGGAAGAGUUUAGGGCAAGGGGAUGCUGGGGCUCCUGGCAACUUUCUGCAUGGCUUUGAAGGUAGCCAUUGCCAAUCUCUGUUUGAAUUUACUGUUGCUGGGCUACCUCCAGGAACUGCUGAACUGGUUGGCAUCUUGUGGACUGCUUCAUAAUGGAAAUCUGGGAUUAAGGCGAGCUGUGAUAGGCAGCAAUUCUGACCAGCCCCUGGGCAGCCUGCAAUCCUCCCACUAGUCUUUGGCUGCACAACGGCAUGUCAGGAACUGGAUAGGGCUGGCAGAGACUGGGCUGUAACAGGAUGCCCCUGUUCUUUUCUUUCCUUCCACUGGGUUUAUGGCACGUGGUGUGUGGGGGCUGCCAGGUGGUCAUAGGAAUGUUGAGACAUCAAAAGGGAAAGUAUUGUUGCUGCAGCAGGGUAAAUGGAUGUCAUUGUCAAAUUCUGCAGCCUUUGCAUAACUGGCCACCCACCACCAAAACUGGUUUGGUUCAGUGGGUGGAAUCUCACUGAUUAGAAGUUUGGACACUGAGCUGUAAAUUAGGUCACCAAGGGGAAAGGGAACAAUAUUCAGUAAUUCUGACUUCAGAGCUCCUUAACUGGCAGAUAUGUUACUGUAUUCCCAGAGCUGGGCAAAGAACCAGAAGUCCUAACCCUAAGUAUCAAUUUUCUUUCCACUACUUCCUCUCUAUUGCCAUUAACCCCCACUCACUGGACUUCAUCUUGGGAUUGUAUUCUUUGAAAGGAGACUUUGACAUAUUAACAGCAUAAGAUUGAGCUGAGCCAGGGAAGUACGAAUGCCUAGGACUGGGGCUAAACUGAUCAGUGACAGGAAUGUGUUUUCCAAUAGGGAGGUCACCAGAUGUACCCACAGAAGUAUGUAGAAAUAAUAUAUUUAGAAAAGAACUGUGAGAAUUAUUCAAGGUCUUGAAGCUUUGCUGAAGGAAACAAGGAAAGAGGAUAAAUUUUGUUUAAUAGCAUGGAUCUGAACAUGCUUGCAUAGAACAGUUGAUUGCUGUCAUGAUGCAGGUUGGAGUUCUUCCAAGGAUCUUCACAAUGGAGUCUCCAGAUGAAUUAAGUUAGACUUCAUGAACUGCUGUUUUGCUAAAUUCUUAUAUCCAGCUGGACCACAGUCCUAUGUAUCUUCGCUAGCAUAUGCAUAGUCCAUUGCUAUUACUUUUCUUAAACAAUAUACAUCUCCUGAUUAUCUGAACUAUCUACAAAAGACUGUUCUGUUCACCCAUUUCUUCAUCUGCAGAAACAAAUAGAAACAAUUAGAAACAAACCCUAACCCUAAUUAUUUAUGUAUAACUUGGUGAGUGCUCAGUUCCCACAUUAGUCUCUGAAGUCUCCAGAUUCUCCACUCAUUUAAUUUACAUGCUGAAACAAAAGAGUUGGUCUGGGCACAGCAGGAACUGCUUGGGAGGAAUCUCCAUGGAAUUCCAAAACGCACAUUUGAAUACUCCUGCUGCAAUUAGUUAAACACUUAGUUGCGAAUGUGGAUAGGAGUUCAGUCAGUUACAGAAUCACAGAAUUUUAGGAGUUGGAAGGAAUGUCUGGAAAUCA